AUAUCCCUUGCCGGUGAAACGUGUUAUCCAUUAAUUGGAUCCACGGCGGUGCAAUGAAAAAAGGGAACACAACCAACCAAAAAACAGUAUUAUCAAUUUAUCAUCAUCUUCUGUCGCUCUCCCUCUUCUUUAAAGUUCAGGGCUAAUUCCGUAAUUCUCUCCCGGGACGCAGUGGAUCUGCAAUUGCGAAAAACGGAGACAACCGAUUGAGCCACACUAACCAACCAAUUACAACAAAGGAAUUCAAAUAAAGACAAAGCCACAACAAUAAGAGGAAUUACCAGUGAUAUUAUGUGAUGGACUUGUCCUGAAUGUAUAGACAAGUCAGAGAUUUAUAUUUGGUGUAAUGUGUAAGUGCAAAUGAAAGGAGGAAAUAUUUAUAGCUUCCGAGGGAGGCAUGUUUCUGUAGCCCUAGUUGCUGUUGUUCUAUUUAGCACAUUACUGUGGACAUGGGAAAGAAAUCCAUUUUCCAUCACUUUAAGAUCAGCUCAAGAAUGGUACCACUUACCUUCAGAGUUUGCUGCGGUGGUCCCGAUUGAUUCAGUAGGAACUACAAAGCCGGAAAAAGGUGUGGAAAAGUCCUUAACCCCCUCUACGGAAAAUGAAACAAAACUGCAACUUGGUGUCGAGGGUGCAUCAGCUGUAGAUUCUACACUUCCAGAAUCUCCAGAUAUUCUAUACAGUCAAGAUUUGAAGUCUUCUUCCAGAAAUGAAGGUGGUAAAACAUCUUACAAGCAUUCUAUACUUCCAGAUUCUCCAGAUAUUCUACACAAUCAAGAUUUGAAGUCUUCUUCCAGAUUUGCAGUUUGUGACUAUGCCAAGGGUAAGUGGGUUGCAGAGAGCAGGAGACCACUAUAUUCAGGUUUCAGCUGUAAGCAGUGGUUAUCAUCAAUGUGGUCAUGUAGAAUGACACAACGACCAGAUUUCUCAUUUGAGGGAUACCGCUGGCAACCAAAAAAUUGUGAUAUGCAAGAGUUUGACCGGUCUAAGUUCUUGACAAAGAUGAAGGACAAAACAAUUGCAUUCAUAGGUGAUUCAUUGGGCCGGCAACAAUUUCAAUCUCUGAUGUGUAUGGCCACUGGGGGAGAAGAGAGUCCAGAAGUUGAAAACGUGGGAUGGGAGUAUGGUCUUGUAAAACACCGUGGAGCUAUACGUCCCGAUGGCUGGGCUUACAGAUUUCCCAAAACUAAUACCACCAUCUUAUAUUAUUGGUCAGCUAGCUUAUGUGAUCUUGUGCCCCUAAACAUCAAAGACAAACAGACCAACGUUGCCAUGCAUUUAGAUCGCCCACCCGCUUUCAUGAGACAGUUUCUCCAUCGCUUUGAUGUUUUGGUUCUCAAUACAGGACACCACUGGAACCGUGGGAAGCUCAAUGCAAACAGGUGGGUAAUGCAUGUUGAUGGAAAGCAAAAUGAAGACAAAAAGCUAGAAGAAAUCGCAAAUGCUAAAAACUUAACAAUUUAUAGUGUAUCAAAAUGGCUUGAUUUGCAACUUGUUUCGCAUCCCCGGCUCAAAGCUUUCUUCAGGACUUUAUCACCUAGGCAUUUCUUCAAUGGGGAUUGGAAUACUGGUGGGAGCUGUGAUAACACUAUCCCAUUAUCAAAUGGUAGUGAAGUCUCACAGGAAGGAUCUAGUGAUCCUGUUAUUGAGGGUGCACUAAAGGGUACAAAGAUUAAGAUACUGGAUAUAACACCUCUUUCGCAAUUGAGGGACGAGGCUCACAUGUCCCGUUACACUAUUAGAGGAACUCUUAACUCUAGUGACUGUUUGCAUUGGUGCCUGCCUGGAAUUCCAGAUACUUGGAAUGAACUCCUAGUUGCUCAGCUAUAGUUUCUGUCACAGUUUAUUCAACCACCUCCCUCUUUCUAAUUGUGUUUUUGGGAUCAAAAUCUGUCUAUUUUUUGUGGUUUUGGAAGAGAGAGUGACCGAGUAUUCUUGUAUCAAAUGUAUUUCACGGAUUUACUAUCUCACUAGUGAAUAGGAUUAGAGAGAUCAUAUCGUUUUACUCCAUAUCAGUUCAACCAUUUAGGUGAACUUUGAUUUGUUUUGAACCAACUAGUAAGGAGUCAAAGGACAUUAAUUGGUGAGGCUUGAGCAAAUACUAGUAUAUGCGUUGCCCCCGAGAGAUAAGACGGCCUAUAUUGAACAAUUUUAGAUAAUUUUGUAAUGAUUUGUAUCAAUGUAUAUGUGUGAUUAUUGGUUUCAACGAGUAAAGAAAUGGUCUAUAAAAUGUUCCUGUUUACUA